UUCCCUUGGGACUCGCUGAAUUAGGCAGCUACGAUGGCCAAAUAUGCUCUGGUUACUCUCUUCAUCCUCCUCUUAAACUUAGGCACUUUGCUUUCUUCUCUUGCUUGCCCUUAUUGUCCUUACCCAACUCCACCCUCUAAGCCACCCAAACAUCCUCCAAAAGUAAAGCCACCACCUCACCAUAAACCACCAAAGCCUCCUGUUGUUCCCAAACCUCCACAUGUACCCAAACCUCCACAUGUACCCAAACCACCCAUUGUGAGGCCACCGAUCAUACCCAAGCCUCCAAUUGUGCAUCCACCAUAUGUACCCAAACCUCCUGUAACUCCAGCACCACCCAAACCUCCUGUAACUCCAGCACCACCCAAACCUCCUGUAACUCCAACACCACCAACUUUACCACCAAAGCCUCCGGUGACACCACCCAUAAAGCCACCAUCGCCACCAACUGAAACACCAUGCCCUCCUCCUCCACCACCUCCGGCGCCAUGUCCACCUCCACCGCCGAAGCAAGAGACUUGCCCCGUUGACACUCUCAAGCUAGGAGCAUGUGUUGAUGUCCUAGGUGGUCUAGUGCACAUUGGUAUUGGCAGUAGCGCUAAGGACGCUUGCUGUCCAGUGCUUCAAGGGCUUGUCGACUUGGAUGCUGCUUUGUGUCUAUGCACCACCAUUAAAGCUAAGCUUCUCAACAUUAAUAUUAUUCUACCCAUUGCACUUGAGGUCCUUGUUGAUUGUGGCAAGACUCCGCCGCCGGGGUUCCAGUGUCCUGCCUAAACAAGUGUACUGUUUGAUGCCAAGCUCUAGUCACUUUUGGCAAAGAAUAACUUGGGAAUGUCUUAAUUUCUCACACUGUCUAGUAAACGGACAAACAUUUUAGGAACUGUUAAUUUGUGUUUGUUCUAAAGAAUAUAUGCUGAUUAAUCUGUACUUUCUUUUGCAAAAUUCUUCUAAUGAAUGUGACAUGAUCAUCCCAUCUCCUUUGUAUC